AUGACGGUUUUGAUCGCGGCAAGUGAAUUGGACACGAAUUCCGACAGCUGGGACAUGCUGAAGCCUCUCUUUCCUUUUCUGGACAAGGCUUGGAUGGUGCCUGUCGUCGUUUCUAUGAAUGUGGACAGCGUCAGCCAGAGUUUCCGCAAUUUGAUGCUCAGCUAUCGUGGAUCGGAACGACAAGCGCCGAACACUUUGCAGCUGGCUCUUCGUUUCAGCAAGGUCAUGGACACACGCAAUGAGCAGGGCAAGCACCCCAAGCACUGGUCCACCAUGGAGCGCUUGAAUUCUGUGAUCGAAGAGUACAACUCAAUGGACGGCUUGCAGAUGAAGCACGCCAUGGACGAAGACCGAAUCAAGUCUGUGUACAACAUCAUUGAAGCGAGGAACAAGAUCGCCAAUCACCUCAACUACGCCAAAUGGAAAGAGUCGGCUUUCUCCGUGGAACAGUUUAGGUGCUCCAGAUGGCUCCUGGGGGCAAAGCCGAAGAACUGUCCUCUCGAGAUUGUGAACUUGCUGACGGUGACAGAGCAUUCACAGAGGCUGCACAUCGACUUGGUUAUCCACAGCUUCACAGUUGCCGGCAAGAAGUUGAGAGCCUCCUCCCGGGGCAAGAUGAGGGCAUCGGUGGAUGACUUUGCCAAGAUGGCUGACUUUGCCUGUGUGUACUCCAGAGUGUUGGAGAAAGCACGUCCGCUGAGUUCGUGGGACGACAAGAAGGAGCAGAGUGUGAUGAAGUGUUUCAUGAGCCGGGAUUACUGGUCGGAAAUCGAAGCUACGAUCACGGCGAAACUGCCGACCUUCAAAGUCGAACAUCUCGCGAUAUGGUCUGAGUUCAUCGAGCCGAAGACGACGUCUGUGAAGCUGGACCCCCAGGACGAGGUGACGUUGCAGGAGCGUGCCGACACUGUUCGUGCAGCCAAGUUUAGGGAGAUCAGAGCCAAAGUGGCCGAAGACUCGCACAGAAUGACGGCCUUCAACACCAAGACGCAGCAGCGAGACAUUCGGACGCAUGUUGUCGAAGUGAUGCACAUGAAAAACCAGAAUGCCAUCGGGGCCAAGCUCGCUGAGGAGCACAUGGACAAAUGCGCUUCUGUUCUGAUGUGCUCGUUGGAUGAGUUCGCAAAGCGUGUGCACUAUGGCUUCACAGCAGCAGCAUCCCUGCUGGAGGUUUCCAAGACGGAGCUGCACGUCGUCGUGUGGUGCGAUUGCACCAAACUGGGAAUCAUGCAACAGAGUGAGAUCAAUGCCUUGGCCGAGAAUGCUGAGAGCUUGCUGCGGCAGAACCCCGAGAGAUCGGUUCUCGUGUUGCUCCCCCCUUUGAUGGGUGGAUCAACCUGUGCUGUGAGCAUGCGCAGCGACAUCAGGAAGCUGGAGGACAAGUUUCUCGACAACAACAUCGAACUGAAACCUUUCUUUCUGAAUAUGGACAUCUCAAAUGUCCAUGGCAACAGAGACAUUCCUUCCUCGUUCGUGUGCUACCUGGGCCUGCUUGACAGCACCCUGCCCACAAAAGGAACUUUGCAUCGAGCAUGGCGGAGUGCAAGCACGGGAGCGGACAAGGAGAAUAUCAACGUGUUCUGCAAGAAAGAGUUGUGGUGCAAACAAGCAUUGCAGCAAAGUCAGUAUCCAGCUGCGCUGGAGGAGAGGGACUUCAUUGUCCCGGGGGGCAAUCUCUGGUCCAGCAACGAGGGUCGACGGAACCUUACAGACCAGCAAGAGCUGGCCCAAUGGCUCGGUGGACUGUCUGUUCCCACUCAGAUUUUGAGCAGUCUGUUGAGCGACUCGAACAAAGCAGUGAUUUUCAACCCGACCGCCUACGACGGCACCUUGGAGAAAGCGGCCAUUAAGCUCGGCUACCCUGUCUUCUCGACUGCCUCGACCACAGGCCCUUGGAAGUGUGCCAAGGACAUGGUGCGGGAUUUCCUCAUGGAGGCAUGGAAGACGAAGACAGAGCCCAUGGACAAGGUGUCGCCGAUGUUCAAGAGGCAGCCCGCAGCCGAGGACCUUCCGGCUGAGGUCUCAAGCCCCUCUUUGACGAUUUGCAACAUGGCGGAUGGCAGAUUGAGUAUCCCGCGGGAGAUUCGGAAUGAGUUCUUGGGAUGUGCAGUUCAUGGACCGGAAUGGAGGGAGCUACUGAGCAAGUUCGACAGAGAGUGGUCGUCCCCGACGGAAACGGUUGCGGCUCGGCCAAGACGUGCUUGA